CUCACCUCACCUCACCACGUCGUUCGCAUCCGCGUGCUCUGCUGCCACUCCCCGCGCUAUCUAGCUGCCGCAUGCAUGGCGCCCUUCCUCCACCUCCUCCUCGUCCUGCUCGCCGUCCUCCUCCCCGUGCCGAUACCCAGCCUCGGCGCCGGCUACGGGGAGGGCGCGGACACCAUCGACAUCACCAAGAUCCUCGCGGGCUUCCCGGAGUUCAGCAGCUUCAGCGCCAUGCUCAACGAGACCAGCGUCGCGGCCGCCAUCAAGAGCCGCGACAAGGUCACCGUGCUCGCGCCCAACAACACCGCCGUCGCCGUGGCGUUCGGCGGCCUCCCCAAGAUCCCGCGCUCGUUCCUGGCGGACCUCCUCGCGCUCCACGUCGUGCUCGACUACAUCGACGAGCCCACGCUGGGCGCGCUCAAGCGCGGCCGCAUUGGCCAGGGCUCCGUGGUCACCACGCUGCUGCAGGCCAUGCGCGCCGUUCCGCGGGGCACCGGCUUCCUCCGCGUCUUCUCCGGGCCCGACGGCCGUGCCACCAUCUCCUCCGCCGCGCCAGCGGGCCAGCGGAACGCCACCGUCGAUAGGGUGGUCGCCGCGGAGCCGUACAGCCUCGCCGUGCUGCAGGUCAGCGGCUUCGUCGUCCCACCGGGCGUCAGAGUCCCCAAGCCGUUUCCGCCACCAAGGGCGAGCCCACCGGGCGUCAGAGGCGCGCCGAAGCCAUUUCCACCACCAAUGGCGAGGCACAUGGCAGCGCCACCAGGCCGUGCGCCGGCGGCUGCGCCUGGACCCCACCAUGAACCCUUCAUUGGUUCCGGCCCGCUGGUUCCGUCCCCGAUCAGGCCGAUGCCUACACCAAGCCUCACAAAUGGUCCACCGGCGGCGCCAGGGACAGGUGUCAUUCCGAUACCUACGCACGGCGGCAUGGCAUCGAAGGUUCCAUCGGCCGCCGGAGCAGGACGAAGUGCGGCGACCUGGUGGACUGGAGUAGCUGUGGCGCUCGGUAUCAUGACAUGCCUGAAUUUGCAUUUGUAAGUAGGUACUGUAGCUUGCAACAGGUAGGCGUUCGGGUAUGUAUGUUUGGAUCAACUAGCUAGAUCCAUUUCAUCUUUUUAUCGUGCCUAUAAUCUGCAACAAUGCAAUUUCAUUUC